UUUUUUUCUUUUUAUAGAUGCAUAAUCUGUGCAUUGGUAGAAAAGGAUCUGUGGAAAAAUGCUGUGAAGGAAUAGCAAGUGAUGUGAACCUGCAGAAUUGGCGAGAAAUGUAUCGCUAGACUUCUGAGCAUCCAUGUGUGAUACAGUGUGUGUUAUUGGUGUCUUGUUCCGUGCGCUAAGAAAGACUGCAGUGUAACAUAAAUAGCAUCUUUACUGAUAGGGUGUAGAAUUAAAGCUGCAAGAGGCAUGAUAGACUUAGUGUCUAAAUCACAGUUACAAUGAGAAGUCCUCAUCUUAAUGAUUGAAAAUAGUUGCUGAAAACUCUAACUGCAGAAACUGGCAAAAAAUGUACUUUGUAUUGACUGGUUUCGCUGACCAUUCCAUUGUACUGCUUUAUUUUUGUAGACAAUCUUAUCUGGAAGAAAGUAGCAAAGUAGAAAGGGGAAGCCUCUUUGCUUAUUGAGCAGCUUUGAAAACCUUUGUCAGUAAAGCUUUUUUCACAGCUACAGCAUUUAGAGAAGAGCCUCACUCUUGUGAUGUUCCUGAAAAUUUGGAAGGAAGAGAUGAUGAAAAUUGACUUUGAACUUCUCACUAGCUUGAACAUAGAUGGUUUAACUCAAGUGUAUAGGGCAUCUUAGUCCAGAGGAGAAGGAUUAUCUCAUGGUGUGGGCCUGAUUAAACUUCUGUCUUGAGUGGUUUUUUUUAAUCCUGUAAAUAUUCAUGAAGUAGCUGGCAAUGGAAGUUCUAUAGUAAUAACAGAACAGCAUCGUGCUUUUCAUAGUUGAACGUGUUUGUUUGCUGAUACCAGAGGAGGAAGCAUGGCAAGGGACGGUGAGGUCCAAAGCCGACUUGUAUGGAGGCUGUGGUACUUUUCAAGGAUUCCCAACUGGUUUAUCUUGGACCUGUCCAUUUGCUUUUUGUGUGAUUACUUUCAGCUUCCUUCCUAUGUUUUUUCUUGCUUUCCUUCUCUUUGACACUCACAGAAGGCAUGAUGUGAUUUGGUUGUGCAGUGGAGAAGCUAUAAGAUUUCUGUAGUAGGUCUUCCAAAUAGCUUCCAUGUUAACAAAAACUCCCUUUGAAAACACAUGAUAACUCAUCUAAGUUUCUUCUGACAAUGUAUAUUAUGAACAGCAAAUAUGAGAUACUUAAAUACAGGACAGCUUACUGACUUCAGUGGCUUAUCUGUGUAAUCAAAUGGAGAAUAUUGUUUAUUUCAAGUUGAAUUAUCUGAUGUAAAGAAAAAGAGGCUGGAGCUUUAGCUUCCAUUGUGCACAUACUAAAAGUUAGUGUCUUGAAUUAAACCCUUUUAAUUCUAGAAUGUAAAAUGUUAAAAGAUCACACUGAACUGUAACACCUGGCAUUUCUAGGGUACAGUGGAAACACAUUCUAGGACUUGAAAACGUGCUGGGUGGCAGAGUAUGAGAACACUUCUCUUUCUGUGAACGUAGGGCACCUCCGAACUCCAGGCACUGGGCUGAGCAGCAGCUUGUCUGAGCUGGUAGGAUGAUUGUUUCCUUGUCAGAUAUGCGCAGUGCCUCAGAGUAGUGGAAUGAUUAUUUGGUUUUCAUUGUGCCAACCAUAUUGUAAAGUCUCAAGGACUGCCUCCAUUAAAUUCAUGGUUACUGAAUGGUCUCAUUGCUUUCAUUAAUGAGAACAGCCAGACUGAAUCAGACAAAUGGUCUAAGCCACGACUGUCUUUACAGUGAUACUCAGUGGUGGAUGCUGUGUGAAGAAUAUUGCUGCUGAUGAUAGGUAUAUGGUAGUAGUCACCUGCAGUGCUCUCCCAGCUAUCAGGUUUUUGUAGCUCAAGGACUUCCUGAGCCCUAGGUAGCAUUACAAUAUUAAUGAUCUUCCAUGGGCCUGUCUACUCACUACAUUUCCAAGUGCAUAUUUUUUGUUUUGUUUUAAAAAGAAGGUGUCCAUGAUAUGCACAACAAGAAGUUCUAGAAAUUGACUAUGCAUUAUGAGAAGAAUUAUUCCCACUUGUAAGUCUGUAAUCUACAAAUUGCUGAUUUGCUGUCUGUGUCCUCUACCACUAUCAAGUUAGACCGCGAACAGCUGUGUGGAAGUCACUUUUGAUGACAUGUUAGAUUUUCUGAAAAAUGGCAUGUGUAGUGUUACUCUCAAUUCAUCAUUUCCUCCUUCUUCCUCCUUGCCUUAGUCUGUCUCUCUGCCACCUUCCUUGUUUAUCUGUUGCACCACUUCUUACUUCAUUUUCCCUAAACUUCUCAUUUCUGUAUUGCCUGUCUCUGUCUUUUAUAAAGCAGGUGCAUUGUGGAUGUGUAGCUAAGCUGCCACCUACUCAUUUCUAAUGAUAUUUAUACUCCUGGGCUCUUUUUUGUAAUGGAAGAAUUUAUGGAGGCACUUGAAAACAAUGAGUAAGCAGUAGAUGUGUUAAUCUUUUAAGGACUGUCAUUUAGGGCAGGGCGUGUAUAUAAUUUCAUUGCCAGUUUAUCUGUUUAUGUCAAAGAUCUGCCAUAUGCAUUUGGGUUUUGCACAGAAGGCAAAACAUUAGAUAGGCACAGAAGUCCAGAUAUCUUUAGUGACAUCCAUUGAAUGUAACAAGGACAACUACAGAGGAAGCAGUAAAGGCUUCACUGGAAUAUCUGAGAAGAAAAUGAAGUCCUUCAACACUGUACUAUACCUUUGCAGAAAAUCAAGUCCUUCAUCUCCAGAGCCAGCAAGUCUUCCUGCAGAAGACCUCAGCACAAAUUCCAAUGGUCCAAAGCCGGCAGAAAUCAUGCUAGAUGAUGACAGAGAAGACCUCUUUGCUGAAGCAACAGAAGAAGUUUCACUGGACAGUCCAGAGAGAGAUCCAAUACUUUCGCCAGAACCUACUCCUGCGAUCACUCCUGUAACACCUACUACAUUAGUAGCUCCCAGAAUGGAAUCAAAAAGCGGAACAGCCCCUGUGAUUUUUGAUAGAUCCAGAGAAGAGAUUGAAGAGGAAGCAAAUGGAGAUUUGUUUGAUAUAGAAAUCAACGUAUCAGACCCGGAAAAAGUUGGAGAUGGCAUGAAUGCUUAUAUGGCAUACAGAGUAACAACAAAGACAUCACUUUCCAUGUUCCACAAAAAUGAAUUCUCUGUUAAAAGAAGAUUCAGUGAUUUUCUUGGCUUGCACAGCAAAUUAGCAACAAAGUACAUGCACAUUGGUUACAUUGUGCCUCCAGCACCAGAAAAAAGUAUUGUAGGCAUGACCAAGGUUAAAGUAGGCAAGGAAGAUUCUUCAUCUACUGAAUUUGUAGAGAAAAGAAGAGCAGCUCUAGAAAGGUAUCUACAACGAACAGUAAAACACCCAACCUUGUUACAGGAUCCAGAUUUAAGACAGUUCUUGGAAAGUUCCGAGCUGCCGAGAGCGGUUAACACCCAGGCUCUGAGUGGAGCAGGAAUAUUGAGGAUGGUGAACAAGGCUGCCGACGCUGUCAACAAAAUGACAAUCAAGAUGAAUGAAUCGGAUGCAUGGUUUGAAGAAAAACAGCAGCAAUUUGAGAAUCUGGAUCAGCAACUGAGGAAACUUCAUGCCAGUGUUGAAGCAUUAGUCUGCCACAGAAAAGAGCUUUCAGCCAACACAGCUGCCUUUGCUAAAAGUGCUGCCAUGUUAGGUAACUCUGAGGACCACACUGCUCUAUCUAGAGCUUUGUCUCAGCUUGCUGAGGUUGAGGAGAAAAUAGAUCAAUUGCAUCAAGAACAAGCUUUUGCUGAUUUCUAUGUGUUCUCAGAACUCCUUGGGGAUUAUAUUCGUCUCAUUGCUGCAGUAAAAGGUGUGUUUGAUCAUCGAAUGAAAUGCUGGCAGAAGUGGCAAGACGCUCAGGUCACUUUACAAAAAAAACGUGAAGCUGAAGCAAAGCUCCAGCUUGCCAACAAACCUGAUAAAUUGCAGCAAGCUAAGGAUGAGAUAAAAGAGUGGGAGACAAAAGUUCAGCAAGGGGAAAAAGAUUUUGAACAGAUCUCCAAAACCAUUCGCAAGGAAGUGGGAAGAUUUGAGAAGGAACGAGUGAAAGACUUUAAAACUGUUAUUAUCAAGUACUUAGAGUCGUUAGUGCAAACACAACAGCAGCUAAUAAAAUACUGGGAGGCAUUCCUACCUGAAGCCAAAGCCAUCGCCUAAAAGAAGAAUAUUCCAAAUGACAAGGCGCUCUGGAUGUUUGUCCUGGAUAAAACUAAAUUCCACAGUGAAAUCACUUUAAAUCAUCCAAAUAAACCACUAUAUAUUUUAUGAAUUAACAUGUGGCUUUUUUUAUAUACUACAGCAUUUUAUUAACAAGCUGCAUGUCCUGACCUUCUUUGAAGUGGACUGUGGCAUGAUGUUCUGCAAUACAUUGCUGAAUUGAACACUAUUGUGUCUUAAUACUUGCACUAAAAUGUGCAUUGCAAGGCUGGAAAGCUGAUAUUUUUGUUCUUUACAAUACAAUGUUCUGUAGUAUGUUUACCUGAUCUUUAUGAAACAAAUUUAAUUGCAUCGAUUAAUGUUCACUUAAACAUUCCUGUACAAAAUCAUGUUUUUGUGAUUACAGUAAUAAAGGGAUGUACCUUGUGAAACAUUAAACACUCUGGUUUUGUGUCUGUAGAUAUUUACUUAGAAGUAGCAUUUAAGACAAAUUGAGAUUAUAUCAAAGGGAGAAACAACAUUUAGUAAAGAAUGCUGGAGACGGUGUUAAAGAUCCACAAACAAGUAUUUGUGCUAAAUUCUGAAUCUCUUCAUUACAGGUGUUCUUUUCACCUGAAGUUACCACUGCCUUGGUGAACUGUAAUGAGUUAGUACUCACAGGGUCAAAAGACUGAUGCUUUGUGGCAACAGAACUGUAGCAACAGGCAGGCAUUAACCGAAAUAUCUUCCAAGUGUUUUACAAAGCUUCUGAAGGGUGAAGAUCCACCUGCAUGGUCAAAUACUGAUGUCCUGCUGUACUGAUAGAAACCAUCAGUUGUCUUCAGUGGUCUCAGGAUACAAAAAAAAAAAAAAAAAUCUUGCAAUAAUUCUGGUAAUUGGGGAGGAAGAAAAGUAGGUAAUGCAGCUGAGUGCAAGCUAGCGAUAAGGGCUGGAGUUCUACUUGGAUUUUCUUGAGUAGAAAAUACAUUUGCAGGAACUGGUUUUAUCUUCUGUAAGAAAUCAGAGCAGCUAAACAUUUUCCUGAAAUACACAAUAUUAACAAUGCUGCAUGGCCAUUUUAAUGACAUACUGAGCUUGUCAAUGUCAUGUAUUAGUAUUAAUGGCAGGUAUUAACAAAUUUUAGACAAAUGUUAAUCAUAUAAAAUACAAGAGAAGCUGUUGCUUUCCACUAACGAUAAGAUUUGCAGGAUAAGCCCAUGAAUUUGUAUUGUUUGUGGUCAAGUACAAAGAAGUGCCCAGUACUAUUUCUGAACAGACUGGAAACCAAAAUUCAGCUGGAAGAUCAUACACUCUGAUUAUGCAACAAAAUCGCUGUAAGCUUUCCAGAUCAGUGUCUCCUGUUGUUUCUGUACAGAGUUUGGUUGACUCAGUGUUUCUAGGAAUUUUCAAGGAAACUAGUAAAGAAACUGUUACUUUAAAAACGCCUUUAUCAAGCAUCUUUUUAAAUUGUGAAAUGCUAAAACCUUAACCUUGUAACACCUUUUGCAUCAGUGUUUGUUAAGUCAUUUAGCUUGGAACUGCGUUUUGAAAAGCUCAAGUAUGCAACGAGUUUACGAAGAAAUUGAUGUAGGCAUAACACUCUACUAAGUGUUACUUGACUUCGGCUUGCUCAGUGCUGAGGACAAUUGACCAACAGCUCAAUGUUAAACUUCAGAUUGGUUCCAGUGAGAGUGAAAGCGGGUACUUCCAGAAUUAAAGACUCAAUUUUGACAUGCAAAGCUCAAAAUGGGGAAAUGUAUACUUUCAUGAUCUUUUUUUCUUUAAGUGUUUUAUCCAACUUUCUUAGCUCUUUAUUUCUUUUUCAUUUUGCUUCUGUCUGUGAUGAGUGAAUGAGAAAUAGCUUUCACAUCAGUGAAAGCAGGCAUUAAUGUGACUGUCUAUACUAGACAACUGAAAACAAGAAUGAGUUGUGUAGGUUUUUUUUCUUAAAACCAA